AUGGCGGGGCGAUGGGCUCUGGCCGGGAUCGGACCCGGGGCGCUGUUGGCUCUGCGUGCUCUGCUGGCCGCCGCACACCCUCAGUGCCUGGACUUCAGGCCGCCCUUCCGGCCGCCACAGCCGCUGAGCUUCUGCGCGCAGUACUCAGCUUUCGGCUGCUGCACGGCGGAGCAGGACGCGGCGCUGGCCCGGCGCUUCCGUGCCUUGGAGGCUCGCCUGGACGCCGGGAUGUGGGCGACGUGUGCCGGCUACGCGCUCGAUCUGCUGUGCCAGGAAUGCUCGCCCUAUGCAGCCCACCUCUAUGACGCCGAGGAUCCAGCCACCCCACUGCGGACGGUACCUGGCCUCUGUGAGGAUUAUUGCCUGGACAUGUGGCAGACCUGCCGAGGCCUUUUUCGACACCUUUCCCCUGACCGUGAGCUCUGGGCCCUGGAGAGCAACAGGGCCAAGUUAUGCCGCUACCUGUCCCUAGAUGACACCGAUUACUGUUUCCCAAGCCUGCUGGUCAACGAGAACCUGAACUCAAACCUGGGCCGUGUAGUGGCUGAUGCCAAGGGCUGCCUGCAGCUGUGUCUGGAGGAGGUGGCCAAUGGGCUUCGAAACCCCGUUGCCAUGGUACACGCAGGGGAUGGCAGCCAUCGCUUCUUCGUGGCCGAGCAGGUGGGGCUGGUGUGGACCUACCUGCCUGACCGCUCUCGCCUGGAGAAGCCCUUCCUGAACGUGAGCCAAGCAGUGCUCACAUCCCCCUGGGAAGGGGACGAGCGUGGCUUCCUGGGCCUUGCCUUCCACCCCCGCUUCCCACAUCCCAGCAAGCUCUAUGUCUACUAUUCUGUGGCGGUCGGCUUCCGAGAGUGGAUCCGUAUCAGCGAGUUCAGAGUCUCAGAGGAUGAUGAGAACACCGUGGAUCAUGGCUCAGAGAGGAUAAUCUUGGAGAUUGAAGAACCAGCUUCCAAUCACAAUGGGGGCCAGCUGCUUUUUGGGGAUGACGGUUACCUCUACAUCUUUACUGGAGAUGGCGGGAUGGCCGGAGACCCCUUUGGGAAGUUUGGAAAUGCGCAAAACAAGUCGGCGCUGCUGGGCAAGGUGCUGCGCAUCGACGUGGACCGCAAUGAGCGUGGCCCGCUCUACCGUAUCCCUCCCGACAACCCGUUCGUGGACGACCCUGUAGCGCGGCCCGAGGUCUACGCCCUGGGAGUGCGCAACAUGUGGCGCUGCUCUUUCGACCGCGGAGACCCGAUGUCUGGCACUGGCCGUGGCCGCCUGUUCUGUGGGGACGUGGGCCAGAACAAGUACGAGGAGGUGGACCUGGUGGAGAGCGGCCGCAACUACGGCUGGCGUGCUCGCGAGGGCUUCGAGUGCUACGAUCGCAAACUGUGCGCCAACGCCUCCCUCGAUGAUGUGCUGCCGAUUUUCGCCUACCCUCACAAGCUGGGCAAAUCAGUCACUGGGGGCUAUGUGUACCGGGGCUGCGAGUACCCCAACCUCAACGGCCUCUACAUUUUUGGUGACUUCAUGAGUGGGCGACUGAUGUCCCUCCGCGAGAACCCAGAGACCGGGCAGUGGAAGUACAGUGAGGUCUGCAUGGGCCGGGGACAGACAUGCGCUUUCCCAGGCCUCAUCAACAACUACUAUCCACAUAUCAUCUCCUUUGCAGAGGAUGAGGCCGGGGAGCUGUACUUCAUGUCCACGGGCGUGCCCAGUGCCACAGCCGCACGCGGGGUCAUCUACAAAGUGAUAGACCCCUCCAGACGAGCGCCUCCAGGGAAGUGUAACAUACACCCUGCUCAGGUGAAGGUGAAGAGUCGUCUCAUCCCCUUUGUGCCCAAGGAAGAGUUCAUCUGGACACCAGAGAGUACUCCACGCCCCACGGUCCGCGCCCCAACUAAGGCGCCCCGCCGCAGGCGCCCCACAGCUGCUCCCCCGGCACCCACCAUACGUCCCACAAAGCCUGCACGUCCCACAAAGCCUGCACGGCCCACCCGACGACCAGGGGCCCGGAAGGGAGGCGGGCGACGGCGGGGACGUCCCAGUACCGCGGUCCCCGCGCCCCAGAAUGGCUCUGUGCGCCUGGUACGGCCCGCGGGCCUGAGCCCCGGCCGCGGGCGCGUGGAAGUGUUCGUAGGAGGGCACUGGGGUACGGUGUGCGAUGACGCUUGGGAUACCAAAGCGGCCGCCGUGGUGUGUCGCCAGCUGGGCUUUGCGCACGCGGUGCGAGCAGUCAAGCGCGCGGAGUUCGGCGAAGGUCGCGCGCUACCGAUCUUGCUGGACGACGUGCGCUGUGCGGGCAGUGAGCGCAACCUUCUGGAGUGCGCGCACGCUGGCGUGGGCACGCAUAACUGCAAGCACGAAGAGGACGCUGGCGUCGAGUGCAGCCACCAAGACCCGGACCUGUAG